UAAACGAUAAAGGAUUGGAGAGUGCUAAUAUAGAUUCUUCUUCCUUUGUUUCUAUGAGUGGAUUUAUCUUCGCUCAGCUUCUGAAUCUUGAGCAUCACAAGAGCUGCAAGGAAAUCCAAGAACAGAUUCCGGCGGCCAUCAGUGGUGUGUACGAAAUCUAUCCUCUGACCGAUGCUGAUCCUAUUAAGGUAUACUGUGAACGGGACAUUGCUGGAGGUGGCUUCACUUUCCUUCCUCAAAGUCUUACUUUGAAAUCAGAUGCUCAGCAGAUCGUCGAUUCCCUCUUCAAAGACAAGAAAAACGUUUUGCUGAAGUUGAAGAAAAACGUCGAUGGCAGUGAGUGGUAUACUUUGAUUCAGCCCCACCCGAAUUACGCUGACAUCGAUUUUGGCGUCUCGGUGAACAACUUCUCUGGUUACACCAAACCAAAAAACGCCUUCAUGCAGAAAUACAUAUUCAUUGGCAUCCUCCCUAAAUCAAUGGCAAAUAAGAAAACAACCCAGGGUUUCAGAUCUAAUGGCAUCAUAGUAGAGUUUGGGAACUGCGAUGCCAAUCCCAACAGCUUCUUUGCACUUUUUCCGAACCAUCAUGACCAAUUACCAUCUGAUUAUGCCGAGAAGUCAGGAUUUGAAAACAGCGGAAUCGCAGUAAACUGGCGUUCCCAUGCCAAAGCUGUGACUAAUGGUAGUCUGAAAAUGCUAAAUGAGUUCUUUUUCCUAACAGAAAUGCAUUUUGGUGGUUGUGGGUGCUACACCUCAAGCGACCGUUGGAAGAAGUUUGGUUAUAACGCCACUGCCAUCGGAAUUCGUUAG